AAUUUAUAUAUUCCACAUUUGUGCUAUAAUCUGUAUCGCUAUUGAGAUGGUUUUCGUUUAGUUUGUGUUGUUGAAUAUGGCAGUACCGUAACAAUGUCUACUGAAAUCAGGAAUACAAAGGCGUUUCACGCCAAAUCGUUUGGUUCUACAGCUGAAAAGGCUCGCCAUGCGUUGUCUAAGCGUAACGUUGAGCGUUAUAAGAAAUUGAAGCAUGAUGCUCUAUCGGAGUUGGAAGCCACUUCAGUUUUACACAUAAAUGAACCUGGUUACUUAGAACCCGAGGAGGGUGAACGCACAUACCACAUAUCGCAGUCUGAAUUGUUGAAAUCAGUUGAUGUUGGCACUAAGCGCAAGGUGUUUAACUUACAAUUAUCGCUGGGACCUUACUUUGCCAACUACACUCGUGAUGGUCGUCAUAUGUUGCUUGGUGGUUCCAAGGGUCAAUUGGCUUUAUUUGACAUUAUUGACAUGAAGCCAUUUUUUGACAUAUCGGUGAAGCAGACUAUUCGUGCUGUUCAAUUCCUUGAUAACCAUGAGUUAAUGGCUGUUGCUCAGAAGAAGUAUGUCCACAUUUACGACAACCAUGGUAUGGAAGUGUACGUGUUGCGUGACUUGGGUUUGACCUAUCAACUUGACUACAUGGCUCCGUUUUGGUUGCUUACAUCCAUUGGUGAAUUUGGUGAGUUAGCAUGGCAGGACGUUUCUAGCGGGCAGGUGGUAGCUCGUUACAAAACCCGCAAGGGUCCAUGCCGUUUGAUGCGUCACAACAAGGAUAACGGUGUUGUUCAUCUAGGCCAUGGGAAUGGCGUGGUUACUUUGUGGACACCUAACCAGGGACGCCCAGCUGUUGAGAUGCUAGCUCACCGCGGCCCUGUUGUAUCUAUGGCCAUACACCAGAAUUAUAUGGCAACAUCUGGGUUCGACGGUUACUGGAGUACCUGGGACUUGCGUAAUUAUUCUAAAUCUAUCCAUGUGAAUUUCAUUGGGAAGACACCUCCUCAGGCUAUGACAGUCAGUCAAACUGGUAUUCUCGGUAUGGCUUUGGGUGGCCGUGUGGAGUUUUACCGCGAUGUGUUUACGGCUCAGACUGUGAAGGCACCUGGUCUGUAUCUUCGCCACAUGUAUCAUGGUGACCAGGUUAAUGACAUACAGUUCCAGCCGUUUGAAGAUAUAUGUGCAGUGGGUACAGGCACUGGUUUUUCUACAAUGCUAGUUCCCGGUGCUGGAAUUGCUAACUUUGAUGCCUAUGAGCCCAAUCCUUACGAGUCUAGCAGUAAGAGGCAGGUGCAGCGUCUGUUGGACAAGAUUCCGUAUGACACUAUGACCUUAAAGCACGUUGACGUUGGUGACUACAACCGUGACCAUAUGGAGGCUGUUGUUGAUGAUAAGGUUGACAGUGGCGGCACAGCUUUGAUGAACCGCCGUAAGAGGCGCAAGCCAUUGAAGGCGUCCACUGCCCAGAAGUUGACGAAGUACGAACGCACAUUCCAGCGAAGACAGCAGGCUGCUAAGGACCGGUUGAAGAGAUUACGCAGCCUUGACGUAGCUCCUGAGGAGGCCAAGCGUCGCGUUGUUGACGCGUUGACCUAUAAGGAUUCGGAUGGUGGGCGCCGUGUUAAAGGUGAUGUGGAUGGCGCUGCGUUAUCGCGCUUCAAGCGCGCUAGCGAUUAGACUUUA